GCUGAUUGAUUUCUUUCUAAAUCUGAAUCCUCAAAAUCAAAUCUUCAGAUCGUUGAAGAUGGAUUAAGCCCGCGGUUAAACUUCCGAUGUUGCAUUCGGUGAUGGCUCCGACACGGAACCUAAUCAGAGACGAAGAGCUCGGAGCGAUCUCAGACGACGACGAUUCGCCAUCUGGAAAACGAUCAAAGCUCGAUCGGUUCCCUCUCAGCCGAUGGGAACUCGCGGUGUCUCUCGGCGUCUUCCUUGUCUUCUCCUCGGGGCUCUUCUGCAUCUACAUCACCAUGCCCGCUGCUGAAUUCGGCAAGCUCAAGCUCCCUAGAAGCAUCUCUGAUCUCCGCUUGCUCAAAGACAAUCUAGCAAACUACGCGAAUGAGUACCCGGCGCAGUUCGUUUUAGGGUACUGUGCCACCUACAUUUUCAUGCAGACCUUCAUGAUUCCUGGGACUAUCUUCAUGUCGCUUCUAGCUGGAGCUCUCUUCGGGGUUAUCAAAGGUGUUAUCUUGGUUGUUUUCAACGCAACAGCUGGAGCUACUUGUUGUUUCUUUCUCUCUAAGUUGAUCGGCAGGCCGUUGAUCACUUGGCUAUGGCCUGACAAAUUAAGAUUCUUUCAGGCUGAGAUUGGUAAGCGUAGAGAUAAGCUUCUGAACUAUAUGUUGUUUCUGAGGAUAACACCAACACUGCCGAAUCUAUUCAUCAAUUUGGCUUCUCCCAUAGUCGAUGUACCUUUUCAUGUCUUCUUUUUGGCGACAUUGGUCGGUCUCAUUCCCGCAGCUUAUAUAACCGUCAGGGCUGGCCUUGCUAUUGGAGAUCUCAAAUCGGUGAAGGAUCUGUAUGAUUUCAAGACGUUGUCAGUGCUUUUCCUCAUCGGUUUUAUCUCCAUACUUCCAACAAUACUGAAAAGAAAGAAGAUAUAUGAGUAAACCAAGGAGUAGUAUUUUUACAAUACACAGGGUGGCUUAACUUUUGGAUGCCAUAAAAGCCUGACAGAGUCAAGAGUACAUUUCUUAACUGAAUACAGAACACAACAAUGUUGAUUCGCUUAUAGUUCUUUUUUGGUGAGUAUAAUUAAGAGAGUACAGAAUCAAUACAUUUUUGUUGCCCAUUUCACAAGAUAUCUUGCUGAUACAGAUUUGAUUUUUGAUUAUUAUCAGUUCUUGCUA